AACGGCUAAAAGGAUUCUCUCGGCUUCGAAUAUCGCGACCCCACGCUACUCGUGCGGCAUACGGACAACGUACGGGGAAAAUCUCCAUUACCAUUGGCCUAUUUCAGAUAAGCCGCAAAAAGUAAGCCAAUCAGCGCCGACCUUUUAUGUUUUGGUGCGUUUCUUUUUCGCCCCCACCAGAUAAAAUGUCGGCCGGCCGAAAGGGCGGGAAAAUGCGUGUGUGCGAAGCGGCUCGCGCGGCGACGAAUGCGGCCGCGAUCGCGGUUUUCGCGACGGCCCCGGUCAAGAUCUGCACGUCUCAUGAGCGGACCCGGAUAUCGCGUAUCGUUUCGCGUGCCGACUCGUCCUUACGGCCGAGUACGCGAAAACGUUGAGGUUAGGCACCGUUUCUAUAGUAGAUGGAGCCAUCGGACCGGGAACGUCGCGGCGGAGGGCUGAGCAGCGCCGCCAACUGCGCGCGCAGAGAACACCAGCGCGCGCGCCGAGCGAGCCCCGGCAUCUGCGCGCCGCCGGGAAAUCACCAGAUCGACUGGCACACCUGUCUCGGCUCGCGCGCGGCAAGGAGCGACGGACGGUCGGCACCGCGGCGAUGGCGCGUCUACUCGUGUUCGCGACGUAGCCGGCUUGAUGAACCGGGGGGCGACGGGGGAGGUUGAAACAGUGGAUGAACGCGCAGUACAACACAGGCUGGCGGGUGUGCGUUUCGCUCUGUCGUUGAAUUUCUUUCCCGCUGUGUGAUAUCGCGCGGACGGCUGUUACCGCGUGUCGAGCACCGGUAUAUGGUGAAAAUUCGGCGUAGCUCAAGAGACGAUAAUCAACGAGCGCGAACUCGCUGCGUUCUAACGCGCUGCGCGCUUUCGACGCUCGUCGGCUGAGCGAGGCGCGAAGUUGCCGAGACUGGUUGCGGAUUCUAAUUCCGGCUUCGCGAUGCGCCCCGUGGCGUCCCGCUAAGUGUCAGUUCUCCGAGCAUCCCUACGAAGAAGCGCACAUCGGCCGGUAAGCGGGCGGGCGGGCGAGACGGGCGCACCUCCUGCCGCGCGAAUGACUGCAUCGGGUGAGAGCGCGGGACGGAAUUAUGCGCGAAGGCGAGCGACGUCAAGCUUGUUGUCAGUGUCGUAACUUGACCGGCCGAUCGACUUUUGAUACGCGUCUUCGGUACCUACAACGGAACGCGCAACUUGGGUAGUCGGCAACAGCGUCAGCAUCAACGUGAUAGAAUGAACGGAUUCAGCACCGGCGAGGAAGAUUCUCGAGGAGCGGCCGAUCAGAUCUGUUGCCUCGUCGACGAGGGCGAGCAAUGCUUUCGCCCGGCUGGCAACGCGUCUUACAGCAAACGUAUCCAGAAGACCGUCACACAACGGCGACUCAAGCUCAAUCUUGAUCACAUGGCACGUCACACAUACAUUUGCGACUACCAUAAACAAGUGAUCCAGUGUGCAAGGACUAAACAGCAGCAGCAGCGGAGACGCAAGGAUUCCGAGGAGGAUUCGGGUGAAACUGAUAAUGAUCUUCCGGAAGUCGAUCUCUUUCAACUGCAAGUCGGCACUCUGAGGCGAUAUAAAAGGCAUUAUAAGGUUUCCACACGCCCAGGGCUCAAUAAAGCUCAGUUGGCAGAUACUCUCAUGAAGCAUUUCAAAACUAUCCCAGUGGUGGAGAAGGAAGCCCUGACCUUUUUCAUAUAUACGGUCAAGACCAAUGCGAACAAGCUCGAUCAGAAGAAUGGUUUGAGCAGUAGUGACACGACGUAGCCUGGCGUCAACGUGGCUGCUCUAUUCUAAUAAUCUAUCGAUCGACCACGCAGUAACUUAUAGAAUAAGUCAUAUGAUAACAUGUCUGUUUUUACUUGUUAAUACACAUGUAUUUUAUAAGAGAAAUACUAUGUAUAGAAGUAUAUAUGUAUAUAAUAUAUCAGAUGUCAUAAUUACUACA